AUGUCGGUAAAGAGCAGAAUGCACAUGAACCAAGUGAACAAAACACUAUUUAGGGAAAAUUACAAAGUUGAAAGGAAGUGUGAGGAGGAUAUUGAAUUGAUGGAAACCAUCGAAAACUUUAGUGACGAUAUAAUGUUGAAGAACGACUCCUUUGAGAGCAGCGCUUACAUAAAGUCUUCCACGAAGAACAUUAGUGACAGGGGGAAUGAGAUAACUAUAAAGGGCAGUAAUUUGAAGAACUUGAAAAAGAAAAAUGCGACUGGUAAUAACGACCACAGCGGAGAAGGCAGUGUUGGUACAGACGGAAGCAACGGUGGGGGCAGCAUAAAUAAGAACAACAACGGUGGAAACGGCAAUGAACAGAGCUGUUUGGCAAAUAUCCCACAGAUAUACGAAACACAUGACUCCACUGCCAAGGAGGAAUUACACUCUGAUCACAACAAUGAGGAAGACGGCGUAAUGUACAUCCUCUCCAAUAUCAUGGCUGUAUUAUACAUAAUCGUGGCAAUAGUGACCAUCCUGCACCUGCACCUGGACGAGGACCACGCAAUAAUCAAGGCCAUCAGUGCACUUAAGCUCAAAUUUGUUGGCCUCAUGAAGGACAUACCGGCUUUCAAGAGCUUAAUGAUCACUGUGGCGCUAAUCAAUGUGAAAAUUAACACCCUCCUGGAAGAGGGGAUAACCAAAGGGAACAUCUUCAAGCCAUACGUGGAAGCACUGAAGCCACUGAACACAGAGUUCACAGUUUUAUUCACCAUCUUAAUCCUCAUAUUUUUCACGGCGAUAUCUAUUUUGUGCAUAAUACACGGAAUUAUAAACAUGAAGAAUGACAGAAUUUUGAUGGAAAAGGGGAGUAGUGUUUUUGUGGCGAACAAAAUGACGAUGGAGGAAUUCGAAGAUAAGUCGUUCACGUAUAGUGAAUUAGCCAAACUGCAUAGCGACAAGGAUUAUAUUUGUUUAAAGAAUAAAAGAGCAGGUGAGGGGAUUGAGUCAUGGAAUUGGCAAAUGAGGAAAAUGAAAAGCGGAAAUCAUGACAGGGAUAUAUGUAGUGACAUCGAACUUUCAGACGGGGAAAAACACUGA